AUGACUUCCGAACAAAAAUAUCCCGGUUACGAAAAACUUACGUCUUAUUUGAAGCGAGAUAAAAAAUCUUUUUGGGGCUUUUUACACCGUUGUCGAGACACAAUCGUCACCACCGCUUCAGCUACUUCCCGCUGGCAUGACCUUGACACGUCCUGGUGUGAUCGCUUUUUGGCGGAAGCAAAAGAGCUAUUAAACUCAAAUGACUUUAAUAACUUGAAAAUACAGGUCAGUGAAGAUCGAAAGCGUUAUAAUUUCGAGGAUUAUUGGAACGAUGUAGUUAAUGAGUGUAAAAUAAGACGAGAUAUUUCAGAGCGUAAAGUAGAAAAAGAACGUAUUCUUCAUGAUCUUUCGAAAAUAAAUGAUGAGAUAAAAAUGAAAGAAGAUGAGCUUACCAGAAUUUUGAAUAAACACCCCAAAGAUAGUUCAAAUUUAGGUGAUGAUUUGAUUGCGCAAUCGUCCUCUGCAAUUGAUGAAAAUUCGACUGCUAUGCAAUCUUCUAUUCAAAGAAAAGCACCUAAAUUACCCCGGCAACGUAAUCCUCGGAAUAAAGAGAGGAUUAAUUAUAAUAUAGAAUCUUUAUCGAAAAAAUCCGUAUUCGGAAAAGCAGAAAAAGAAAAAGAGUCUGCUCAAGAAGUUGUCCUAUACAUUGCCCUAAGAGCGAAUGGGGAAUAUAAUGAGAGGCGUGAUGUUAAGAUAAAGAAAUUAGAGCAGAAAAAUGCAGAGCUUGAGGCUAGGCUUGCGGUAGUGGAAAAGAGUUCUGUGGCAGUGGAUGGACAAUCACAGAAUGAUAAGGAAGCGAUACUAGAGAAGUUCCCAGAGGUAUUUGCUGAUGAUGAUUCCGUAGUACACGUAUUAGAAGAUUCUAUUCUCCACGAAGCAUCAUUUGCUAUUUCUUCCAAUAUUCAUACACACUCCAAGUCUACAAAUUAUAAUGAUUAUAUAUCUGAGGAGCCUGACAAAAUUGAACCCACUAAUAGACAGUAUAUUGAACAAGGAUUAAUAAAAGAAUUGCUCAGUAGCGCCCCUAUUGUAUCUCCAGUUUCUUCUGAGAUUAAAGAAUAUCGAACAUUUCAAAUCACAACACAAAGCUUA